AUGUCUGGAGAAUCACCAAAGAAGAGUGCACUCUUUGUGUGCCUUGGAAAUAUAUGUCGUAGUCCUAUGGCUGAGAUUAUCUUUCGUGGGUUGGUUGCAGAUAUGGGUCUUUUAGAUGAGUGGGUUAUCGACUCUGCAGGUACCUCUUCAUAUCAUAUAGGCGAUACACCAGAUGAUCGAUCAGUUGAGACAUGCGCUCUGUCACUGGAGUCUACUAUAUCGCCAAAGGCGCACGCACACUUCAAGUCGAUUCCAUUGCAUCGUGCUCGUCAGUUGGUCGUCGAGGAUUUCCAACGAUUCGACUAUAUCUUUGGAAUGGACGGUGAGAAUCUUCGUAACAUCAAGAAACUCGCUGAACAUGCUCAGCGAAACAACAAGAGCAGCAGCAGCUGUCGUUCUACCAUCAAGCGUAUCGGUGAGUAUCACCACGACCCCAAAUUCCUAAACGUAGAAGAUCCUUACUAUGGUGACAUGAAUGGAUUCAAAGUGAACUACCAACAACUUUUAGUUAGUUGUAAAUCGUUCUUGGCAGAAGUUUACAAAGAAAAAUAA